AAUUUUAACUUUUUAAAAUAAAACAAAAAAUCUUAGUUGUUUUUCUCAGGCAAAUUAACUUCUUUGUACUUUUAUAUAUUAUAUAAAACUAACUUAAUUGACAAGACAAUUAAAUUUGCAGUUAUUUAAAUCAUUUGACUUUGCUUACGCCGAACAUUGAAGAACUGAAAUAAUUUAAUUACCAAACGCUUAGAAGCAUGAUUUAUUUGAAAACUAGUUCAGGCGAUUUAUGGACGCUCAAGGUGACGAAGUCAGCACAACAAAUUUCCAAUAAAGAUGGUUUUUCACCAGCAACAACAACAACAACAACAACAACAACAGCAACCAAAGUGAGCAAACUAACAACUAGUCAACAACACCAACAGGAAGAAGAACAACUCUACCAAUACCAACAAAAGCAAGCAACGGUAAACACAGCUGAGCAAGAACAAAUGAGUUUGAUAAUGAAAAUGCCUACAGCAACUGCCGCCACAGCAUCAUCUCCCAUAACAGCUAUUACCAACGCUCCAGUAGUUUCACCAACACCGCGCGCAGCAAAACGUAAUUCACCAACCAGCAGCAACAAUAGUUCGCCAACAAAAGAAAAAUCUGAAAGAAUUCUACACGGGGGUCAUUAUACCGCUGCCGCUGUGCAGAGUAGAGAAUAUCGCUGUACAGAGAGUGGCGAAGAUCACAAUGAUUGGCAUACAGCAGUACAUAGUGGUACAACAACAAUAACACCACUACAACAACACAAAACUCCAAUACCAAAGCAAAGAUCAGCAUAUUCGCCGGUAAAGAAUGCUGCUUCUUCUACUAGUUCGUCUUCUCUAGCUGCAACCCGUUUAGCAGGUACAACUGGGCCAUCGCCAACAUUGAGAGAGGAGCUACAGAGCACAGCUGGUGGAGAUGGUAGUAGUGCCGCAGACAAAGGUACUAUACACACGGCCACAGCUGUUGCUGUCGCUGGCAGCGGUCAUGGUAAUGGUGAUGGCGACGUUGAUGAAUAUAUGUUGGGCGAAAAGCAGGAAAACAUACAAACCAACACAACACAACACAAAACGUUCACAGCUGAGAGCAGCGGUGGUGGAAUGUAUACAGCUAUGGGCAGGCAAAUACCAUCCACAACGGCUGGUUCGUCACCAAAUAGGGCGAGCGCGAACGCGAGCGUGAGCGCCGUUUCGCCACUAUCGCCGACACUGGUCGCUGCACAGGCGUUUCAGUCUCAGCAAUCGCAACAGUUUCAAACGAAGCACGAACGCGAACGGACGUACACGGAACAACGCGGUGCGUCAACGUCGUCGUCGGCCGGGAACAAUAGUAAAGUGAAUACACCAAUAACCAAAGUGCAAACCCAAGAAAAUAACACAGUAUCUGGUAGUGGCAGUAGUAGUCGCAGCAGCAGCAGCAGUGGUGGUGGUUCGCCCGGCAGUAAUAAUAAAUUGUAUAACGCUUCGCCAUCGAAUUACGCGAUCCCAUCGUUGAGCAGCUCAAAUAGUGCUGCUGGCAGUGGUAGUGGAAAAAUCUUUACAAAACUUCAUAACAAUCAAUUUAUAAAGAAUCAACAGCUGCAACAGACCGGCGCACAAUCGAGCAGCGCAACACAAUCGAAUAUUACGGCACGUUAUUUGAAAUACAAGUCGCAUUCAACGCAUGCGCAAGAAUCCGCAGGCGGCAGUGAAACUGGUUCGGCAGGUACCAACACAAGCAGCAGCAGCAACUACACCGGUUUGCCGGGCACAUACUCGCCAACGAAAAGUUUUGUGGCACCCACCGCUAGUGCAAUCAAAAAGAAAAUGGUUGCCGUGCAGGAGAUGAAAAAGACUACACAGCCAAGUGGCAAUCACGGCCAAUUGCAUCCGCAUCGCACGCAUCACAAUCAACAACAGAUGAUCGGUGCUGGUGGCGGUGGUGGCGGCACAUGCGCACGUUCACCAGCGUUGACCGGGGGAGGCGGUCGCGCCAAUACAAACAACCAAACGGAGGAAGUGAACUUCGAUCCUGCCGAAGAUCUAAGCUAUGGCCCGGGCAUUGUUUCUAAGUUACGUUGUCGCUACUUGAGUCUGGCUUUCCGCGAAUCCAUGGAGAAAGAGCGUCACUGUUUGGAUAAUAUGCGUCGUGCUACAAGCCUCAAUAAUUUACUGGAUCGUGAGGAACCACAAGAUGAUGAUGAUGAGCCUGAUGAUGAUAUCGACAGUGGUGAAGCCAACGAUGUGGGCAUACAGGAAGACGAAGAUUAUGUGGAGUUACGCGCUGAUGCUGACAGAACAUCAAAUUCUGAACGCAAGCUAAAAACUCAAGGUGGCAUAUUGAAGCACAGCGGCGACGGCACUACGCAGGACAACACGAAAAAGACGACAACAUUUCAAAAGCAUUCGAAUGUUUUUGGUGCGAACGGUACACGCUUGCCAAACUCCGCGCCUGCUGGCACCACGGGUGGCGCGGUAUCCCCGGCCAACGUCGCGACGCCCGAUACACCGCGUUCGCGUCAUGUAAAGCGCGGUAAUGAUUCGUUAAAACGCGCGCGUUCCGUCGAAGCGCUGCUCUGUGAACGUUCGCCCUGGCAGUAUGCGGCACUCAAUCGUACCAGCUAUCAGCCGCAGCGUCAAAACUACGCGCCAACGCAACCCACUUGCGUAACCAUUGAGGAUAAAAUAAAUAACGCACGCAGCCGUCUAAUACUCGGCACCGAUAUAAUGCCACCAAAACGUCUAACCUCAGUGAUCGAUGAUACCGAAAGACCACCACCCGAUUUGGUAAAGCAGACACUAAAGAAGUUCGAAGCUACGGCCAAUCGUCGAGGUCGCGGACCAAAUCGCGCCAAUGGCACAGGUGAGGUGGCCAACAAAGUGGCUACCUACAAGACAAUCAUCAAAGAGAAUAAGCCUGCAAUUGUAUUUCCAAAACCACCGCUCAGCCCCACCAAGAAACUCAAUACGCCAAUAUUAACCAAACCGGUAGCUAAACCGGUGGUGGGUGCUACCGAUUUGCUCAACAGUCCGUUAGGGCGCAAAACCACAGCUGCAGCAGCUGCGCAAACGAAUGUCAACAACGCUGCGACUGGGCCUGGAAAGCCACAAGCCACGACAGUGACGACGUCGACCUCAAAUGUCGCUGCGGUUGCGGCAGUGCUGUCAAGCGGCUUAUCAGAGAGCUCGCCCGAUAUCAUUCCAAGGCAUAAGCUUUUAACGGAAAAGAGCGAAUCGCUCAUGCAUGGGGUUGUCGAUUCGCCAGUAUCAGCUUUAACGAAAAAGCUCGAAAAGCUGCGAAUCGACUCGGCGGAUAAACUACAAACAAAGGAGACAAAACAGCCAACACAGUUGAAUAAGCAGCAAACGAUAAACUCGGCACUCGAAGCAACUAACAACAGCGACAACGAAUUCGUCAAUAUUGGCGAGUUAAACAACGAAAACAAUACUAGCAAUAGCAGCAAGUUCGUGGGUGGUGUUGACGAGGGUGAAGCGGCUGGCGAUAAUGACGCAGCCCUCGAAGGCAACGAAAAUAGCAAUAACAAAAUAACAACAAAAGCAGUACUCGCAACGAAACAGCAUAAUGAUCGUGCUGGCACUAGCGCUAGCAUUUCGAGUAGCGAGUCAGUCGUAGAACCCGAUACGGCACAACAAGCAGGAACCGCAGCAAUUAGUAGUGAUCUUAGCGACGACGACGACGGACUGGUUGAUAUUGCCGCCGCCGCACCCACAAAACGUAUAACGCGUACAGCACUCGAUAAUAUUGCACGCGCGGGCACCACACAACAAUUUAAAUUCGCUGCCAGUGGACAAACCAAUGUCGGCAACAACGUGAACAACAAAAAAUUAGAGCAAAAGACGAAACCGCAAACAAACAUAAAUACCGAUAUACCCACAUCGGUAUUUAACGCUGCGCCAGGCAAACAAAUCGGGGUCAUACGCCCGCUACUAACCACCACAGCUGCACAACAACAGGGGAACACAACCAACAACAGUCUAUCCAAUCAACAACAAUUGUUGCAACAACAUUUGGAGGCGCUCAAACAAAAUAAUCUUUACAAUAAUACAACAUCAACGCCUAUAGCCGCCGCGGGUGCCACAACACACUCCACAAUUUACCACAACACAUCGCCGCUGACAAGCCGCGAAAUCGAAAAGAAUCGUAUAAAUGAGAUGAAGAAGGCGGAUGGUAGCCCAAUAGUAGCCGCCACAAUGGUCAAUACAGGAAGCGUAAAUGCCACUUCACACGCCGUCGCAGCCGCUGCUGCAAAUGCUAGUCUAAAUACCGUGAUAAAUACCAAUGCACCCGGUCAUAAGGGCAAUGGCGUUGGCGCCACAACAUCAUCAUCAACUUCAACAGCAUCGCCAAUAGUUGGCACUUCCGGUUUAAAUGAGCUCGAUGCGGCAGCGCAAGGCGCUAAUAAUAGCCCGCUGUGGGCGUUACGCAUUAAACGACAGGCACCACCAAGUGUGGCACAGGAGAAUACAUCGAUGGUAUUCAACUUCUCCAAUCGCAAAGAGGUGCCCGAUUAUAUUGAGAAUGAUGGUGUGAUCUUUCGCAGAAAACGUGAAUUACCCAAGCCAAAUGAAUCUGGUUUUGUGCUUUUGGGCGAUCUCUCGCUAGAAACUUCAACAGAUUCAGAUUAUGAUGAUUUCUCCAUGUGCCCACCAUCUCCCUGCGAUGUUGAAUUCGAAAAUGCUAAUAUUGUGAUCGAUGGAAAGUCAAGCAUCCGACAGAAAUCCAAAGAAGCAACGUUCCGCGUACAAUUCAAUGAUACGCUAACCUCCACCUUUGAAUAUCCCUCCGAGGCAUCGCUAAUCAUUGACGAUACCUACAGCAAUGAUGCACUGAUAAGCGCCAUUGAAAGUAUGCAACUGAAUGAUACAACCGAUGCCUCACCGACGCGACAUCAUCAUGUUGCCGUUGAUGAGAUUAUACAACUGCCAACACCGGCGAAUACUUCGUCACCCGCCAAUAAUAUAACGAACAGCGCAACAAAUACGCCAACGAAAAACAUACUGGGGAAUUUGCCAUUAGAUUACCCAAUUUUAGACAAGGGUAUAAUGUCACAACAGCAGGAGCAGCAACAACAACAGCAACCAUCUCCACAACAAGUCAACUUGAUGGAAAAUCAAAAUCAAAAAGCCGCGAGCCUUGCAGCGCCACCUUUGUCCGAAGACUCUCCACAAUCAGCAUUGGCGUUGGAGAAAACUCCCAUCUUACCACCACAGCACGAAACAGCAUGCAACGCCUUGCAGCAAACGGUGCAAUCAACGCUGCACGACGCAAAUACCGACAAGCUCGACGCGUCGGCAGUAGCAACAGCACGCUUGCCGCCACAGCCACUGGUGUUGCCACAACGACCCACAGAUUUGCCAUUGCCAAUGGUGUUGUCGACGCUACAGGCACAGCCAAAGAAAAACAAAUUAGAGCAGCAGCUGCAGAAGCAACAACAACAACAACAACGAACGACACAACAGAAACCGCAACUGCCAGUGAAGCGCCAACAACACGUCACGCGUACAACGUCAGCGACGGCGGCAUCAAAGGCAUCGCCUGUGAGUGCGUUGCCACAAUUUAAUCUAAAAGCGGAAAUAAAACCAAAAGAAGACAUAAAACCGUUGGCGGAAGUUAAGACGAAGGUGGAAGCGAAGGGCACGCAGCCAGAAACAGCAAUUUCAUUGGAGUUGAAACGUGAGGAAAAGCGUCCAAAACCUGAGACCAGCGGAAAUUGGCAACGCGAGCGUACGGCGGACAUAGAUACAGAUGCGAAGCCAGUGGGAAAAGUAGAGCAGCCGCAAGCGCUAACAACGAGCGUAAAUCAAAAAUCAAACGCAUCUGCAACGCAUGCAGUAGAAACCCCUUUAGCGUUUGAUGCGCGUCGGCUGGCACAGCCAAGUUUACUGCGCGAUUUUCAAUUGGCAAGUGUAAACACCACCGAAAUAGUGGCGAAAAAUGAUAAUUUCAAUACUAACAACAGCAACACAACCAAUAACACAGCUGCCACAGGCGGCGCCACAUGCAACACCAACAACAAUAUAGCAGAGCUUACGGCACGAACUACGAACCUUACAACAGCAGUAACAACAACAACCGCUAAAAAACCAAUCAGCAAAUACACCAUGUUCCACACAUUAUUCGAAGUCACUAGCGCUGAUGGCGCAACAACAACAAGACCAUCCAACUCAAACGCCGGCCAACGACCACGUAAAACGCCUGCGGUACUUAAUAAACCGCAAUAUGCGCGUUUCUUGCAAAUCGAUCGCGCUGCAGCCGGGGAACAAGGCGUUGGUAUAUUGCGCACUCGUAGCAAUGAGUUUCAGGGACGCGUUAGCACCGCUGGCGGUGGCGGCUGCAUGCCAAAAAAACAACAAGCCCAAGCGACGACAAACGCAAAUCAACUGCUCGUGCAACCUUCAGCAAUACAACAACAGCGCAGCGCUUCAUUUUCCUUUGGUAAACACGGGCGGCGCAAUGAAUAUAUUGCUGCUGCCGAAAAAAGGUGUCAGUCCAACACACCUGCUAGUGUAGUUGUUGUUGACAACAAAAGCAACACCGCUUCUGCUAAAAUACAAAAUAGCAAAAAUCGAGAAAUUUUCUAUAGCUUCAAUGGUAUCUCCACUGACGAUGAGUGCUUUGAGGAUGCAAUCGAUUAUUUCUCUCCCAUGCCAAACUCCACCACCAACACCACUACACUCGCCAACACUAGCAGCUACCAAAAUAGCAAUAAUGCAAGUGCCAACAAUAGUAUUAGCUACAAAGAAAAUCAAAAAAAUAGUUUUCAAUGCUUCACUACUAACACUAAAAAUAAAAGAAAUUCUGUUGACAGCAGUGAGAUUGCAUCACUGCCAUGUACAGCACAGACGCGCACCUUUAGCACCGGCACUAAUAAUAAACCGUAUAGCCAGUACACUAGCACACCACCACCAGCAACACCACCUACAACUCUAACAACAACAACCACAACAACACUAACCGGCAAUAUUUGCACCACUAAAACAACAACAACAAGAACAUCAACACAUUGUUUAGAAAAUACUAACAACAACAAGAACAAGAAUACUGCUUCACCAAGUAGCAGUAACAGCUCUACUAAUUCUAGUCUCACUUCUUCGCCCACUUUAUCUUCUUCUACUUCUACCACUUUCUAUUCUUAUUCUUCAUCACUUUCUGCAGCAAAUUGCACGCGCCACCAUGCCGUAGUCAACAACAACAAUAGAAAUAUUCCGUAUAAAAGUAGUAAUACUAUGCUCAGCAGUGCUGCCAAGUGUUUGAGUCCGGCACCAUAUGUGGCUAAUAAAAAUGUGUGCAACAACAACAACCAAAAUCCAUCCACCAAAUUCGGUGCCAACUACAAAUCUACAACAACUUCUUCCAACACGACGCUGUCGGCAGUUGGCGCACAGCCUUCACCAUUUUCUUUGCCAGCCGCUUCUACCACUCUGCUGCGUUCGCGCAUACCCGGCAACACCCUGUACUAUGUUUGA